AUAUGUUGUUUCUGUAGAGAGUGAGAGACCUGUUUCUGUAUGAGCCGAUCGAAAUCCUGAGACGAUGAGGAAGCGUCAUCCAAAGGGAUCAGAUUUGUCAGAGCCAUCUUCUUCGAGUCAAGAAACUGAUGCUUCUUCUGAUAAAGAAGCUCUCGAUAAGGAAGUGCAGGCUGAUGUUAAAAGAUCAGGAAAAGUUUGGUUCUCAGUGUUGAUUUUGGUCACUUACUCUUCUUGGGUUGUUUACAAUUAUCAGCUUGGGAAUUUACCUAAACCCUUAACCGCUAAACAAGCUGGUAAAAGGGGUUUCUCUGAAUUUGAAGCUAUCAAUCAUGUUAAGGCUUUGACUCAGUUUGGUCCUCAUCCUGUUUCUUCUGAUGCUCUUGUCCUUGCCCUUGAGUAUGUAUUGGCAGAAGUUGAGAAAGUUAAAGAAACUGCUCAUUGGGAAGUUGAUGUGAAUGUUGAUUUCUUUGAAUCCAAAUUUGGUGUAAAUCGUUUGGUCGGUGGUCUGUUUAAGGGGAAGUCACUUGUGUAUUCAGAUAUAAGUCACAUUGUACUAAGAAUCUUGCCUAAAUAUGAAUCAGACGCUGGAGACAAUGCUAUUCUGGUCUCUUCUCACAUUGAUACUGUCUUCACAACAGGUGGGGCUGGAGAUUGUAGUUCAUGUGUAGCUGUAAUGCUGGAACUAGCUCGAUCUGUUUCCCAAUCGGCUCAUGGAUUCAAGAAUUCUAUUAUAUUCUUGUUCAAUACUGGAGAGGAAGAAGGUCUUAAUGGCGCUCAUAGCUUUAUAACUCAGCAUCCAUGGAGUUCCACAGUACGUUUAGCUAUUGAUUUAGAGGCCAUGGGUGCGGGUGGAAAGUCUAGUAUUUUUCAGGCUGGCCCGAGUCCGUGGGCUAUUGAAAAUUUUGCUUUGGCCGCGAAAUAUCCAUCUGGUCAGAUCAUUGGACAGGAUCUGUUCACUUCUGGAAUCAUAAAAUCUGCGACCGAUUUCCAAGUAUACAGGGAGGUUGCUGGUCUCUCAGGGUUGGACUUUGCUUUUGCCGAUAAUACUGCUGUCUAUCACACUAAGAAUGAUAAGAUAGAACUAAUAAAACCAGGAUCGCUCCAGCAUCUUGGGGAAAAUAUGCUUGCUUUCCUCCUUCGGGUUGCUUCAGCUGCUGAUCUGCCAAAGGAUAAAACGCUCCAGGGAGAGGAGAAAUCCAACUCGGACUCAGCUGUCUAUUUUGACGUUUUGGGGAAGUAUAUGAUUGUAUACCGGCAAAGUUUAGCAACAAUGCUAUAUGUUUCAGUGAUCAUGCAAUCGAUUCUUAUAUGGGUUUUGUCUGUGUUCAUGGGUGGUUAUCCGGCUGUUGUGUCGCUGAUUUUGUCGUGUUUGAGUAUUAUCCUUUCAUGGAUAUUCUCAGUAGCUUUCUCGGUAGCCGUUGCAUUCAUAUUGCCCUGGAUUUCCUCUUCACCUGUGCCGUAUGCUUCAAACCCAUGGAUGUGGCUUGUUCUUCUGGCCUUGGGAACCUAUUAUAAACUUGGAUCAACUUACCUCGCUCUGGUUUGGCUAGUUACUCCUGCAUUUGCAUAUGGAUUGCUCGAGGCAACUUUAUCUCCAAUCCGAUUGCCAAAGCCCCUCAAACUUGCAACUCUCCUUAUCAGCUUGGCUGUACCAAUUUUGGUUUCAUCUGGCAGUUUUAUUCAGUUGACGGGCACAAUGAUCGGCAUGCUCAUUCGAUUUGACAGUAACCCAGGCGGAACUCCAGAAUGGCUAGGCAAUGCAUUGAUCGCUGUUGUUAUUGCUACUUUCAUAAGUCUGACCAUGGUAUACCUGCUGGCCUAUAUACACCUCUCCGGUGCAAAAAAGUCGAUUGUCACUGCAUUAUGCAUUAUCACAGCACUCUCUCUUGCUCUUGUAUCUUCUGGUGUUCUUCCUGCAUUUACGGAGGAUACUGCAAGAGCAGUAAAUGUAGUACAUGUUGUGGAUACAAGCGGGAAAGAUCAAGUGGCAUUCAUAUCACUAUUCUCAAACACUCCUGGAAACCUAAACAUGGAAGCAGAGCAAAUCAAAGAAGGGUUCAGAUGUGGCAGAGAGAAUAAGAUUGAUUUUGUCAGUUUUGAAGCUAAGUACAGUUGUGUUACCAAGAAGGACGCAGAGGUUGGAUGGGACAAGAACGAUAUUCCAGUUCUGCGUGUCAUAAACGACAAAGGAAGAGACGAGAGAAGUGUCAUAGCGGUUUCAAUGGACACAGGAGGCUCAUCGCGCUGGACACUUCGCAUUGACAUGGAUGAAAUAGAAGACUUUACAAUGCAAGUAGGUGAGGAGGAAGAAGAAGAGUUGAUGAUAGCACGAGGCGAGAAAAGCUGCAAUGAAGAAGGAUGGCAUCAAAUUCAAUUCGCAGGUGGUAAAAAGGCACCAACAAGCUUUGUUCUCAAACUUUACAAGAAGGAGGAAGAAGUAUCUGAUGAGAAGAAGAAGCAAAGACCUCUCUUGAAACUCAGAACUGACUUGAACCGUCGCACUCCACAAGUCCAAAGGGUUCUCCAAAGACUUCCUCCAUUUUGCACAAUGUUUGGAAAAUCCACUUCUCCUUUUACUCUCGCGUUUCUUGCUUCUCUUCCUUACACCAAAUAACACUUCCCCACUCACUUGGCCUUUUGCUAACUCAUUUUCUAAUAAAGUUUUUUGUUGGUU